ACGUGAAACGACACGCCUGUGUGGAGAAUGGAAAAAGACACUGAGCCUGAACAGAGAGGCAUUAACAGCUGUAAAUCGGCUUGAGAAGGUCCCGUUAGCGGCUCCUAUAAAAGCAGCACACGGCCCAUUUACUCCGGGACAGCCGGAUAUAAAUAAAUCAGCUCUCAGAGUAUGAAGCAGUAUGACUCUCACGUCCACAAGACCGUCAGAGGAAGAGAAGACGAAAGACUGCUUGCUCAUUUCCGAAACGGCACCAGUAGUGCAGCCUUUGUGUUAUUGGCUACAGCUACAGAUGGUGGCCUUGGAGAGACAGGUGUUCGACUUCCUGGGCUAUCAGUGGGCUCCCAUCUUGGCAAACUUCUUCCACAUCAUCAUCGUCAUCCUGGGCCUCUUCGGCACCAUCCAGUACAGGCCACGCUAUAUCGUAGUGUAUGCUGUCUGGACCGCCCUCUGGGUGGCGUGGAAUGUCUUCAUCAUCUGCUUCUACCUGGACGUGGGAGGUCUUUCCAAGGAGAGCGACCUCCUGACCUUCAACAUCUCGGCGCAUCACUCGUGGUGGAGCGAGCACGGGCCGGGCUGCUUGCGGAAGGAGAUGCCAGCUGCCAGCGUGCGCGGUCCAGACAGCCAGGCCUACAUCUCCGUCAUGGGCUGUCUGUUGGAGUUCCAGUACAUCGAGGUCCUGCACAGUGCCUUCCAGAUCCUCGUCGCGCUCCUGGGAUUUGUGUACGCCUGCUACGUGGUCAGCGCCUUCACUGAGGAAGAGGACAGCUUUGAUUUUAUCGGUGGCUUUGACCCCUUUCCCCUCUACCAUGUCAAUGAGAAACCGUCUCAUGUCCUGCUAAAGCCCACGUACCUGUCUACGUAAAUAGGAGCAGUUUGACCGCUCCAGGACGGCCAUAGAAUCACUGGUGAGGGGGUGGCAAAGUGGAUUCGAAAGGGAGGAAGAGGACUGUGUAUCGGAACAUCAGCGGAGAAGACCGAAGGCCUGUUUAGACGCGUUCAAUCAGUGCUUAUUAAUACUGCUAGAGUACCGCUUACAAAGACUCGACUUCCAAGUUCAGUCCAGCUGUCUAAAAAGAUGACGGAGCCUUAGAUGGUGGCAGAUGCAGCGUGAUUUAAAAAAAUAGCUAAAAGUUGUGGUUCAAAUCGGACGAAAAAGAAAGCCAGCCGUAGUCCGAGGCACCGUUGCCGCGGUCUCUGUGUGCAUCCUGUUUUGUCCGAUCUGCAGAUGUAAAUAACGGGUAUUUGUCUGGCUGAGAUAUGAGUCUGUUUUAUGUCAGAUAACUGUGUUCAGAUAUAUUGUUGACGGUGCCUCAAACCACCGCGCACACAUACCUAGCCCAGAGGGGAAAUAAGAAUACAAUAGACAGUAAAACAGUUCCGCAAUAAAGGGCUGCUGUCAAAAUAGAAUUACUGUCACACAAAGCAGCCGCUUCCCUGGCGUUCACACCUAAAGCAUUCGCGAUUACCGUGCACUGUAAGGUUUAUGAAAUCGCUCCCUCUUCUAUCUUUUCCAUUUAACAUCUGAGAACAUCUUAUUUGUGUCAGCUGCCACAUUGUAUUUUCAUUUUUGAGAAAUUCCGUGUUGACGGCAGUAUUUUGUCUGGGUAUUUUUCUUUGCGUUUCGUACUUUUUUUACAAUUAAAAAAGAAUUUCUCGCGAGAAGAAAAGGUCAUGAUAAAGGGAUACUGUGUGUAUGGGAGGGAGGUGUUUGGGGUGGACUGAUCAAUGCAAUAUGUCAUUUUAGGGUGUGCGUUUUUUAACAAUAGCUGGCGGUAGCUUUGUAUAUGAUGUGGUUAUUGGUGCAGUUGAACUGAGAUAAAUGCUUCAGUAAAGAACUGAUUUCUGUUUAAAAGAAAAUCAGUUCUAGGUGACAGCGCGUAUCAAUAUCGCUGAUCUCAAAUUAGUGAAGCUGUAUAACAGAGACCAAACGAGAGCUUUUUUUUAAUUCCAUACGAAUAGGUCAGGCACUUCAUGGCAUGUUAUAACGAACCACAACUGCCCCCUAGUGGUGACUGUCUACAAAACUGCCGCCUUAUACAUUUCUUUUCCCUUUUGUCUUAUGUAAAAUAAGCAUGUUAAUUUCUUUGUAUUUUAAAAGCCUUUUCUUUAAGAGGUGCGAACGGUGCUUCGAAAUGCCGUUUCGCACUAAACAAUUGAAGUGUCUUUGUAAAGCGUCCGACUUAGCUUGUCAUUAAAUGUUCCAUCCUGCACUGUGACCCCGCCCGACAAGCCCCUUAGAGCGUUUUACGAUGGCAAUUUAAUGUGUAUUUGUAAUUAAUUUGAAAAAAGAAGCCAAAUUAUUUUGGAAAAACCGUUAUAUUAAUAUACCACAUAGAAUUAAGUCUUAAUUCUUUAAAGUGAAUUUGUAGAACAUAGGCCUACUUUAAAUAUUUUGAAGUGAUCAAAAUCAUGACUCGAAUAUCAUCACUUAUUUGCAGGCUUAGAAAUAUAAAUACGGUGUAAAAUGAUGAGCAAGCAUUUGCCCCCCACACAUCUCCUUUGUAGAUUAUAUGUUUCUAAAUAUCAUUUACAAGUGCUACAUUUUGAUCAUUAAAUAUAUUUGAAUUGUUUAGUAUCAAAUGUUUUACUUGCAUUCAAACUGAAGUAGGCAAAUUGUCAGAAAGGUGUAUUUUAAAGAGGCUAAUUUCACUUUUGACUGGGUAUAUAAGAACCUUUAAGCCGAUAUGCUGCUGAAUUCAUGUAAUUAUCCCCCUGUUCCCUUCUUGUAGAAUUACCUCUGAGCUUUCUCUGGGCCCUACCUUGUCUAACAUCUUAGACUGAUGACUGUCUGUGAAUUUAAUCAAAGACAUUUUGUACCUGCCCUUCAUUGCAUCGCUGACCCAAAAAAAACAUGGUAAGUGUUUGAAAAUGUAAAUAGAAGUUUUCUAGAAAAUAGCAUUUUUAAUCCUGAUACUUCUCAGCUGUUUAAUGGAUGUUAGUGGGUAUAUAGUGUUGUGCAAAUUCGUGUCAAUUAAUCCCCGAGUGAGAAAAGUAUUGUCUUCAUUAAUUUACUGGUGUACAUUUAGUUUUAAUCUGAAAAGGGUUCUCAUGUUUGCCUGCUUGAUGUACAAUGACCUUCCCUUAGCAGUCAAAAAAAAUCAUCAAUUAAAAUAAAUUGGUGCAUUUACUUUA